CGUGUCGUCAAGGACAACGUUUGAGACAGGGAGAGUGGGUGAGCCAAGAAAUCAUCUCUGAUGCGCAUUCUGGCGAUAUUCCGGCUUCUCUAAAGAGUCUAUAUCGUAAUCCUGCUGGGUGAAUGUUAACAAUAUGCCAAAAUCCACUGAUACUGCACUGCAGUCGACUGCAGCUUAUAAAUUCCAAAUGACGAGAAAAUUUCGCCUUCCAAACGAGGGGAAACUGCAUAGAGAGGAGCUGGAGGACAAAAAAAGUUUUGAUAAUCAAGAGCUUGUCAAUCACCAUAUAAGAAAUUGCCGUGUCUUAUUACCGAGAAAUAGGAGGGAAAAUCGCUGAAAAACUUGUUGAAUAGAAGCUAUCGGAAGCUAUGUGAUUGGACUUAUUUGAGCUUUCUCCAAUACUGUUAUUCGUUCUGUCAAUUUCCUAGCCUAAUUACACAACUCUGGAGUAUUAAAGCCUAUUGGGAAUAAGUCUAGUUCUAGCAGAGUAUUAACUAUGUCACAUAAAAUAAGAAGAAACGAAAUUUCUUGAAAAAAACAAAAAAAACACGCAGCGGUGUUCUAAAUUCAAGAUCUUUAAUUACCUAUUAACAGUCCCGUCAGAUAUUUUGAAGAAAUCUCCAACAAAUAAUCUGAACGACCUGAAAUUGUAGAUGUGGAAGAAUAGACAAAAACUCAAUAGCUGGUGAGAUCGCAUAGCGACCGGCGCAUUUGUCUGUCUGCACAUCAGUAGUCCUCGGUGGCCGGUGCGUGAACCUUCGUGAUCCGAGUCACUGCUGCUUCAUUAAACGAUCGGUAGGCACUAGACGAACUUGGGCAGAAGAGCAAUAACUAUACAUGGCAAUCAAUGGCAGAGUCUGCUCAAUAGUUAAUUGGAUUUCAGAACUAUGGCGGUCAAACGUGAAGACCUAUAAUUACUUUCAUUCUUUCUGAGAGUUUAAAUUUUUUUCUUAUAUAAAAAACUUGUUUCACUGCCAAAAUUUCAAUGUAUUAACAUCACCAGAAAGCGAUAAAAAUAUAGAAAUUUUUGAAGAAGAGCGAUGAGUGUUAGGGCGUUGGUAUGGACCAACUUUCAGUUGCUUGCUAACACCGAUCACGCCUGGACGUCCAACACAGGUACUACGGCAUUUCUUUCAUCACAUAAGUAACUGAUUGAAUUACGCCUGGAUGUUUGCCUUACUUUGGUUAGGUAGGGUCGCCUUUUUCAGCUCACAAGUCAAAGCAGAAUCACCUGAAGAGUCUCCGAGCGACGAGGAAAUGCUAGCCAUCGAGUACGCGUCAGUCGUUCAAGAGAGAACGGAGCCCGAAGUCGAAUGCAUUCUAAUAACAAAUACCGGAGAGACUGCUGAUGAACACUCAGUGAUUUUGCCCGAAAAUAGUAAUUUGGCCCUCUACGCCGAUCCUGUUGAUUCCAUUGUAAUCUGCAGCGAUCAAACGACAGAGACGGAAAUGUCGUUGGUGACUCUACUGAAAGAUGAGCCAGCAUCACAGAAUUAUUGCGAUUGUUGUGACGGUGGAAUUCCGCCCGUCCUGCAAAACGAAAAAGUCCGUCGCCGUUCGUCACCCGACAUUGUAGAACAGUCUGGCGAUUGUGAAGAUGAUUUUAAGAAGUCGCUUUACUUUGACCAACAAUCCAAACGAAUUUCGUCUGUUAGAUGCAACAGCAAUGCACAUAAUCGGCGUUACCCAUCUUCCAAGAGAUAUUGUCUGACACCCAUGCACAGCACCUUUAACAUGUUGAGCAAUGUCGUGCCUACACCACUAGUUGCACGAUGGAAGGAGCGAGGAGAAUUUUCUAACGAUUUCGGUUAUUUUCCACGACUGGAUUCAUCUGGCAACAGCAACGCAUUGCUAACAGUUAUCAGUGCGUUGUACGCCAAGCUGCUUGUUGUCAUGGGCUUGGCCUUCCCCAUGACCGAAGUUAUAUCCAAUCACGUCCCGUCUUUUUCCUAUUUGGGUUUCUAUCUGUACUUGUACUUUGGCUCUAUCGCCUACUUCUUCUUUGUCUUCUUCAAUAUGUUGAAAAAUAGAGCGGCCAAGGGUAAUCGCUACUUCGGAUGUGGAAGUAUGAGGCCGUCCAAAAUACUAGAGCUCAAGGAUAUGAACGGCGACCAUUCGGAGGAUUCUCCACCACGUAUCUAUGAACAAUCAGGAACGCAACACUACGGAAGUUUCUACCUGCGCAUCGGAGCUGUUGCUUUUGGUGUGGGUUCGAUGAUAUAUUCCGGUUUGGAGUUCGCACAGUACUUUGAAACGGACCCGACCAGUGAAUGCCACAACAUUUUAAUGGCCGCAACUCCAGCCGUCCGAAUGGCUUUUACUUUCAUCCAGAUGUAUUUCAUUUUCCUCAACGCCAAGAUGGCGGCUUAUUGCAAGCCGAGAGCCAUCGCUUAUUUUGGCUUGAUGCAUAUUGUGGCGACUAAUCUCUGCGUUUGGCUUAACGUUAUCAUCGAAGAGACCAAACACGAAAUCCUUCAUCAGUUUUCUCAUCACGAAUCAGACGGUCAUCACGGCAGUCAAAGCUCGACGCCAACAACGGUUCAAAAUUCGGUUGUCGUCCCGGAAUACGGAAGCGUUGUUGCCGAACCGCCCACCAAUUCGCUGGUAGACGAGUGCAAGAGAUCAGAAAUGAUGGGCAACGUCGUGCAAGACGCCAGCCAGUUCCUCUUCCCUUGCGCCAUCGAAUAUUCGCUGAUCUGUGCUGCUAUUCUUUACGUCAUGUGGAAGAACGUCUCGAUGAGCGAAGAUGAUGGCGGAAUUUACAGCCGGAGCAACUCUGCCGGAUCGGCAACCGGACGCCGAUCAAGACACCAGUACUCGGUAGACUGCGCCAAAGCCAAUAAAGGUCUCUUCGCUGGCAUCUUCGUUCUGGUUGGGAUCAUAAUCAGCCUCAUCCUCUUCUACGCUUUGAUUAACAAUCACACUUUCAGAGCGCUGGCCAUUAUGGAAGUUGCCGUGUCUCGGUUGUUGCUUUUCUGCGCUGCAUUUAUCUCUACAAUGGUCGGCAUCUAUCAGAUUCGCGAACUAAAAUUUGAUUCUUCGCGCCACUUUGGAUUGGACGCCGUUCUAUUGGUGGUGGCUCAAAUUGGGCUGAUGGCGUACAAGUUGUUCACGGUGAUCGCUUGCUGUUACUCGGUCAAAACGGAAGGAGAAGACAACUCGACUCUGGUUCUGCUAAGCGCUCUUGCCGCCACCUUCCAGGCUGUGGCUCAAACUUUGUUCAUUCUGGACGCAUCGAGACGACACACUUACACCGUCGACCAGCAAUCUCGCAAGCCAGGACGUGAAGUGGUCACUUUCCUCUUGAUAUGCAAUAUCGCCAUGUGGGCGGUCAAUACGCUGGAAAAAUCUAGAGCUGACGCCAAUCCGGUGCAACUCGAGUUUUUUGGUCUUUGGCCAUGGAUUAUCAUCAUGAACGUCAGCAUGCCAUUGACUAUCUUCUAUCGCUUCCACUCGACAGUUGUCCUCUGCGAAAUCUGGAAGCGAUGCUACAAAGUCAAACCUGAUUUGAUGUAGUUUUGGCAUUUAAAAAACGACGCCAAAGUAUAUUCUAAUAAUUAACUUUACAUUGUGGAAUGCAGUAUUCCAUCGAAUUAACAUUUCACCGCGCCGUACGUUUCUUUAUUUGUAAUUCAGCAGUUAUGGGUAUUUCGUUCUUGAAGGAAAAAAUUCCCAAUUUAGCUUCACACCAAACUCUAAUCCUUUAAUGCUUCCAAGAAUUUAAUUUGUCUCAUUUCUUAAUAUAGCGCUUAUAUUUAUCACUCGUAUAACCGCAAAUGAUCGCAGACACAAGGCAGAGAAAAAUUGCAUAUCGUGUUAUUGUUAGUGACUGAUGGUUAGUAUAGAUUUGCUUGGAGCACAGCAGUAUUUUCAUAUAAUUGUUUCUCCUAUUUGCUACGAUUACGAAUCAAUCCUUUGUCUCAUUCAUGUUCCGCUUAUUUUAUUAUUAUUUUUUAAUAUUAAUAAACGUGAUAUUGAUCAUGUA